UGUUGAGCGCGUCAACCAGAGGUGCCGCCUUAGCGGCCGGGACUCAAAAACAAUGGCGGCUACUGAUACAGAACGAGAUGGACUUGCCCCAGAAAAGACAUCCCCAGAUAGAGAAAAGAAAAAAGAACAGUCAGAUGUAUCUAUUUCUCCUAGAACCUCAAAACAUCACUAUUCAAGGUCACGAUCACGGUCAAGAGAAAGAAAGCGUAAAUCAGAUAAUGAAGGAAGAAAACAUAGGAGCCGGAGCAGAAGCAAAGAGGCAAGAAGACAUGAAUCCAAAGAUAAGUCCUCUAAGAGACAUAAGUCUGAGGAGCACAAUGACAAAGAACAUUCUUCUGAGAGAGGAAGAGAGCGAUUAAAUUCAUCUGAAAAUGGUGAGGACAGACACAAACGCAAGGAAAGGAAGUCAUCGCGAGGCAGAAGUCACUCAAGAUCUAGAUCUCGUGAAAGGCGCCAUCGAAGUAGAAGCAGGGACCGGAAGAAGUCUCGUUCCAGGAGUAGGGAUCGAAAAAAGUCUCGAUCCAGAAGCAGAGACAGGAAGAAGUCAAGAUCUAGAAGCAGGGAUAGAAAACGAAGGAUUAGAACACGUUCCAGAUCAAGAUCCAGACACAGGCAUAGAACUAGAAGCAGGAGCAGAUCAAGGAGUCGAAGCCGAGAUAGAAAGAAGAGAAUUGAAAAACCAAGAAGAUUUAGCAGAAGUCUAAGCCGGACACCGAGUCCACCUCCCUUCAGGGGAAGAAACACAGCGAUGGACGCCCAGGAAGCUUUAGCUAGGAGAUUGGAAAGGGCAAAGAAAUUACAAGAACAGCGAGAAAAGGAAAUGGUUGAAAAGCAAAAACAACAAGAAAUGGCUGCAGCUGCCGCCACUGGAGGUUCUGUUCUCAAUGUUGCUGCACUGUUGGCAUCAGGAACACAAGUGACUCCUCAGAUAGCUAUGGCAGCUCAAAUGGCAGCCCUGCAAGCUAAAGCCUUGGCAGAGACUGGCAUAGCUGUACCCAGCUACUAUAACCCAGCUGCUGUGAAUCCAAUGAAGUUUGCCGAGCAAGAGAAAAAGAGAAAAAUGCUCUGGCAAGGAAAGAAAGAAGGAGACAAAUCUCAGUCUGCUGAAAUAUGGGAAAAAUUAAAUUUUGGAAACAAGGACCAAAAUGUCAAAUUUAGGAAGUUAAUGGGCAUUAAGAGUGAAGAUGAAGCUGGCUGUAGCUCAGUUGAUGAAGAAAGUUACAAGACUUUGAAGCAACAAGAAGAAGUUUUUCGGAAUCUUGAUGCUCAGUAUGAAAUGGCAAGAUCACAAACCCACACACAAAGAGGAAUGGGUUUGGGUUUCACAUCCUCAAUGCGUGGAAUGGAUACAGUUUGAAAAAUAUCAAUUUGGGACUUUAUAGACUUGUUCUGAUGUCAGGUCCUUGUUCACCAAACAGCUAGUAUUCUAGCUUGCAUGGGUGUUGCAUUGACUUUAAUUUAUUGAAAAAUACGAUUUUUUUUUUGUAAAUAUCAGAUCAGUGAUACUGAUGUUAGUGUUGUAAUCAGGUUAAACCCACUUCCAUUAAACUUGACAGGACUAUAGAAGGACAAUAUUUUUUAGUUCAUGAAUUCUACUUUUCAAAUAUAUUAAAGCUUCGGGUGGGAUAAAAUCUCAUACAUAGAUUUUCUCGUGUCCGCUGUCUUGUGUACUUUUGUACUUAACCUUGUACAGUUAUUUUCAUCUCUUGAAACA